CACCAUUAUUUCAUCCUUUAAUCUUUAUUUGUGCUCAGCGUGACGGUCUGUAUAGCGGUAAAUAACAGAGAAAAGCAUGAAAGAUGUGGCCAAAUGAAAGUUUGUGCGAGUGUGCCCUUCCGCUUUCCUUUGAGUGUGUGUUGUGUGGGUGGAAGAGAAGCGAGCGUGUGUGUUUGGCUGCCACUCACCCGCCUACUCUGUACUGUCUCGCCGCCAACUUAGGCCUACACAGCACCACCGCCGCCCCGCCGCCCACCCACCGCUCUGGCCGCCUCCCCAGGGCUUCCCGUAGGACGGGCCAUGGCACCACCAUGAGUGCCCCGCAGCAGCAGCAGCAGCAGUCUGCCUCAGGCGGGAGUCACCAGGAGGCAGGCAGCGCCGGCCACAUAGGAGAGGCCAGGCUUGAGUGUCAGCUGAGUGGUAAAACUUUUAAAGAUACAAGUGUGUUGUGGCACCGCAGCGUGAUACAGAUUGUUGUCAUUCACCAGGAGUGUCAGGAGAGUGAUAAGAAAUUUAGCACACAGGGUAGCCUCACCAGACACACCCUGACACAAAGUGGUGUUAAGAUUCAUGAGUGUCAGGAAUGUGGCAAGAAAUUCACCACAAAGGGUAACCUCACCUCACACGUCCUGACACACAGCGGUGUUAAGAAUCAUGAGUGUGAGGAGUGUGGCAAGAAAUUCACCACAAAGGGUAAUCUUACCAAACACACCCUGACACACAGCGGUGUUAAGAAUCAUGAGUGUCUGGAGUGUGGCAAGAAAUUUACCACAAAGGGUAACCUCACCACACACAGCCUGACACACAGCGGUGUUAAGGACUAUGAGUGCCUGGAGUGUGGCAAGAAAUUCACCACAAAACCUCUCCUCAACAGACACGCACGGACACACAGUGGUAGCAAAAAUUACGAGUGUGAGGAGUGUGGCAAAAAAUUCACCACAAAGUACCAACUCCCUGGACACAUCCUGGCACACAGAGGCAUUAAGAAUCAUAAGUGUGAGGAAUGUGGCAAGAAAUUCACCACAACGUCUGAACUAAACAGGCACAGCUUGAUACACAGCGAUGUUAAGAAUUAUGAGUGUGAGGAGUGUGGCAAGAAAUUUAGAACUAAGGGUGAACUCACAGCACACAGCCUGACACACAGCGGCAUCAGGAAUCACAAGUGUCUGAGUGUGGCAGGAAAUUCUUAAGCAUUGGUGCUCUAAACAGACACACCUUCAGACACACUGGCUUGAGGGAGUUCAAGUGUGAUGUUUGUGGCAAGUGUUUCAAGACAAAGCAUGACAUUGCCCAGCACAUGAGGAUCCACUUCUGAGGUGGUGGUGGUGGUGGUGGUGUGUGCGGUGAAUGGUGAGACAGUUGUGUGUCCAUCAUUGUCUUCAUUAUAAUGGUGCAAUACAUUAUAACUUAUUCCCAGCAUUUGUAUUUACUGUGUUCACUUUGUCACUUUUCUUCAUCGGUCAUUUCUCGUCAAAUUUGUUGAUAUUUUGUAACUUUUUAAUUGAUUUUAUUUGUGGUUUGUCGUUGAUUUGGUUUAUUAUGAAAGUGAUGUGUUCUGGUGUGUCCGGAUGAAGUGUGUUCUGCAGGACGGAGCAACACAACCAGUAAAACAUAGGAAAGAGAAAA